CAUAUAUUAAUUAUAUACACUAGCUGUCUGUGCCCCAACACAAUGAAUUAUGAUGAUAUUGGGUUUUCAUGAAGACGGAUGGAAAGUUGACGAACGUUGCUGUGUAAACACAACUAUCUAUCUCUAACAAACACCCGCCCUUCACUGUGAUAACCUUACUUAUUCAGCUAUCCACGUGUAGGGCGCGUGUACAUCUCCUCAGAUAGAGAUCUUCUUUAAUAGUAAUAAGUCACCAGGAAUUGGAGGUGUGUUAUGGAAGGCCAGGGGGGCAGCUAUCUAUUUCCCAGCGAUGGCCAACAGCAGCAACCUGAAUGGGGAAGAGACCGCCCAAUUUCCUUUGAAGAUCUUGGGAUACCAAGGUCUCGGGCAACUCGUGCUACAGUGUUUGGCAAUAUACGAACUUGCCAGAGUCUUCGCUUCUUAGAGUGGGUCCUACUUAUUGGAGGCUUGUUAUCAACAUUAAUGACAAUUGGCUUAGCAGUCUACAGAUUGCUCUUCUUACCACCAGGGGCAUCAGACUAUGUGUUUGCUAUGUUGCUCAUUUUUCAUUCGGCCUUCUGCAUAAUUUACAUCUUAGAUGGAGUGUUUCGCGAACAGGCAUUUGAGGUGCUGGCAUUCGUGGCCUCAUGUGUGAUCCUGAUUGUCUACGUUGUGAUAAACUUUGUCAAAGAAUCUACUUCUACAUCGGAUGUAUUCAAAUUGGUUCGACUUGUUUUGACUUCAGUGUUUGGUACUAGUAUGGGAGGAGUUGGAUUGGUUCUUGGAUGCAAUUACUGGCAAUCUGAGAACCUCAUCUUCAGAACUGUGGGUGCAGAUAGCUCUAUCCAGGCUAUGUGUAGAACUCUGUUCACUGCCAUCACCCUCAUUCUAUUUGACACCCAGAUUGUGGGCAGUGUAAUCAUCAUGGCACUUCACCAUGGAAUGAAGCAGCUUGAUCUGGAGGAGUUGUUAACCCUAAGUGUAGGCGCUCCAAUGCUGUUAGCCUGGGCAGUCAUUGCAUACCUGGGGGUGAGAUCUUGUUCUGAAUUCUCUUCACAUUGGAGGAUAAUAGACACUCUUGUUUCUUUUAUGAUUCAGACUGCACUCAGCAAAGAAGAAAACCUCAUCGCUGAGUGCCGGUAUGCUGCCAGCGCAGGAAGUCUAAUUGUACACAUAGUCUUGAUUUACCUCAUGGUCCGAUGUUAUCGAAAUUUUGGAUUAGGACUAAAAGAAAAAGUGUACCCGCGGCAGACCACCACCACUGGAGUGCAAAGCAGUCUGGUUCAGUAAUCGUGUGACACAAAAUAGUUGUAUCAGUAUACUUACACUAGUCCUUCAAGUGACUUAUUUUACUUAUCAAAGUUAUAGCUCUUAAGAAUAGAUAUUUUAUUAUAUAAGCAAGGCCAAAGAUUAUGGAAAACUGUAAGAGAAGUAAUAUGCAGCAAUAGUAUGCCUAAGUCAUGUGGAAUAAAUGUUGAUAUUUUUGUUUUGUUAUAAUGCUCAAGUUCGAGUGAUAGUAAUAUAUAUAUA